GCGGGCUGGCCUGUUCAGCGUCCAUUCGUCUCAUAGCAACGGGCAGAGGGCGGAGCCUGGAUGUGGAUGGAUCAGGGGACACACCCUGCUGGACACCCUGCUGAGGCUGUGGGAAGCGUUUUACAAAUGUAGCAACCCUGGCUCAUCCAAAGUAUCGAUAAUGAUGCAAAAUUCUACAGAUAACAAAACUGUGAAUCGACCUUUACGUGUUAGAGUUAGCUGAAACUUCCCCUACCGAAAUGACAGCCAGGUUUAAAAGGACCCCACGGAUGAAUGGACCAAUAGUGUCAGAACUGGAACCCGCGACCUACCUCCGCCACUCAUUUCAUGUGAGCAGGACAAGCAAGUCGGAAAGUCUCCCCAGCAUCGCAGGGAUUGGCCUGGGGAUUCAGGAUGUCAAGUCAACACCUAAUGUGUAUUUUGGUAAACCAGGAAAAAGCAUUCCCAGCAUUAUCUCAGCUGUCACAUCGCGGAAGAGAGUCGCCAGCAAAUCCGUUCAGGUGUCCUCUGAUGAAGAAAGUGCACUUCUGUCAAAAAUAGAAGCUUUGCAAAAAGAAAAUCUGCUCCUGAGAUCAUCUCUAAAAGAAAAAGAGGAUGUGGUGGAAAAGCUCAGUAAAACCAUUAGGAAUAAGACGUUGCAGUUUGCCAAAGACAUUGAACUUGAAGUAAACAGCCAUAAAACAAGCAGACAGUCGCUGGACAGAAGCCAGAGAUUAGUGGAAGAGAAGGAGCAGCUCCUGAAUUAUAACAUUCUGCAUUAUGAAAAUGUCAACAGAGAACUGCAGAGUCAGUAUGAAGAGACAGUCGCAGCACUUCGGGAACAAAGCCAAAUCGAGGUCCACAUCAGAGAUGAAAAGAUCCAUAACCUGAAGCAGCAGAUCUCGGAAGUUUUCAGAAAUAAGUCAUGGGAACAUCAGAAGCAAAUGGAAGACCUGCAGAAGGAAAUAAGUCGAUUGGCAGAGGAGGCUCAGUUGCUGCGCUCACAGCUGAAGAGAGAUAACAGUUCCAGACAAGAGUGUGGAAAAUGCAAGUCCUUGGCGGCAGCAUUGGAAGACAGCCGGGUACAAAUCAAACUAAAGAACAGAACAAUUGAGGAGCUCCAGUCACUGUGCCGAAGGUUUCAAAAUCAGCUCCAGGAGCAGGAGAAAGUGCAGAAAUUGCUUGUGACCAAAAACAAAAAUGUGAAAUAGCCAGCAAGAGCGCCUGUAGAGAACGGAUAUAUCACACUGAAGGACUGUUACUACUCAAGCUUCGUAGUGUCACUGCAGGAACGUUGCCAGGAUCACCUUGUGUCUUCAUUUUACAGUGAUCUGCUAUGAUUUGGAUGCAGAUUGUUUGAGUAUCACUAUAUUUUUAAUCCAUGAAUUCAGGUCAAUAUCAAAAGAUAAUAAAAACUGUAUUUUUCAAUG